AUGGCAGGCCAAACGAUCAACGAUCGCCUGUUGGCGGCCAAACACAGUCUGGCAGGCCAGGGGCUGGCAAAAUCAGUUUGCAAAGCGACCACCGAAGAAAUGCUGGGCCCCAAGAAGAAACAUCUGGACUAUCUGGUUCACUGCACCAACGAGCCGAAUGUAUCAAUACCUCAAAUGGCCAAUUUAUUAAUGGAAAGAUCUCAAAGCACUAGUUGGGUCGUAGUAUAUAAAGCUCUUCUAACUACCCACCACGUAAUGUGCUAUGGUAACGAAAGGUUCACGCAAUACUUGGCAUCAAGUAACGUUUCUUUUCAGUUAUCUAAUUUCGUUGAUAAGACUGGGGUACAGAGCGCUGUCGGGGCUAGAACGGGCUACGAUAUGUCCCCGUUUAUUAGAAGAUAUGCAAAGUACCUAAACGAGAAAGCCUUGUCUUAUAGGUUAGUAGCAUUCGAUUUUUGCAAAGUGAAACGUGGCAAAGAAGAAGGCACCCUACGAACAAUGAAUUCCGAAAAUUUACUGAAAACCUUGCCAAUCUUGCAAGGCCAGUUAGAUGCUCUUCUCGAGUUUGAUUGCACAGUAAAUGAUCUCACAAAUGGUGUUAUAAACAUGUGCUUCAUGCUGCUCUUUCGUGAUCUCAUCAGGCUUUUUGCUUGCUAUAAUGAUGGAGUAAUAAAUUUACUAGAGAAAUACUUUGAAAUGAACAAGAAACAAUGCAGAGAGGCACUGGAUUUGUACAAAAAGUUCUUGAUACGAAUGGAUAGAGUUGCAGAAUUCCUUAAAGUUGCUGAAAACAUUGGUAUUGACAAAGGUGACAUUCCAGAUUUAGCAAAAGCUCCCAACAGUCUUCUAGAUGCAUUAGAAGCACACUUGGCCUCUUUGGAGGGUAACACACCUACUGCUGUCACAGCCCACAAGAGUUUCAAGUCUGGGGUGAGUACAUUGGCAGAUACAAGUAAUGCAUUCAGCUCAUCACUUGAGGGACAAAACCAGGCAUCAGCCUUCGAUCAGGAGAUCAUUUCCACUAACUAUGGGCUGAGCUCUUCUCCCCUAGCAAGCACCAACCCAUUCUUGAGCGAAGAGCCCUUGCCUAAGGCUGAGCCCAUACUAGAUUUCUUUGAUAACACCACUUCUACUACCCAACAAAACUCUACAAGUAAUACCACGACAAGCGCUCUGGACGACCUUCUAUCUCUUGGCGGCAACCCAUUCGCCGAUAUGCCGGUACAAAAUGGAUCGACAGCGCCCAACUUUGGCUUGACUGGUAACGGCGCUCCCAAUAGCAAUAUGUGGGCCACUGACGGUUUCACCGCUCCCAAUGCAUUCCAGCAGCAGCCGUUCGGCCAGACUGCGGAUUUCACUGCUUUGAUGGGUGCCAAUGAGUCGUCGGUUUUCAAUCCCAUGUUCGAUCCGGCCAAACCCAUGCCGGUGAUGAAUGCUAAGCAAGCGGCGCCGGUGCAGCCCCAGAGACCGGCGCAGCCUUCCAAGUUGUUGACUGGGGAUCUGGAGAGCAGUUUGACAUCUCUCGUCGAGAAUCUGACUAUGGAUACAGGAAAAAGAGGAACCCAAUGGAGUUCCCCGAAAAACCAGCCGAAGUCCGGCAACUGGCAACCACAGUCCACAGCUCCGCAGGCCAUGUUCAAUUCGCAGCCGGCCAUGAGUCAGCCCAUGAUGCCGUCAGCGAUGCAGUUCCAGCAACCGAUGGGCGGCAGUCCGAAAGCCAACGUGGCGCCACCGCAAAACGUCAAUAGUCAAGCGACGUUCGAUCCUUUCGGUGCUUUGUAA